AUGCCAGCUAUGAAGAGGCCUGCGGCCAGCGAGGCUACGUCUGGUGCGCCCACGAAAAAGCCAGCUGCGAACAAGCUGACCAUCAAUGCCAUGGUGGAUGACAUCAAGAUGGCGGCUUCGUCCAAGGAUGAUGAGGAAGAUAACCAAUUGCGCGACAAAGGAAAGGCCGAGAAAUUCGGCAAAUUAAUGAAGGCUGGGGCAUUGCCGCUAGCUGUGGUUCACAUGUGGCAAAUCGAGUCCAAGAAAGCGCAGAGCCAACGGCAGUUCCAAACGAAUCUGAUCAAUGGACUGUUCAACAAGCAAACUGAUGGAUCCUACAAGAUGAACACGGAGUCUCACCAUUUCAAAGAGUACCAGAAGAUCUACGUCCAACACGUCGCCAAGGACAAGAAGAAGGGAAUGCCGCGGGGGAUCAUGUUGGCUUCCGUUUUCCAUGGCGACUCCAGGGCCAUGGAGGCUAGCCUUGCUAAGGGCGAGUUGCAGUCGCACAAGGACGAUGCGGGUAUGGAGUACCUAAGCUUCCGUGAGCUGCAGACCGUGGAGGUCAAGACCAACGAACGUGGUGAAACAGUUGAGGGGUCCAAGAAGCUCAAAAGCCAGGAGGCCCACACGUUGGCGGGACUCAUGUCGAAGAUGAAGUGGGAGUGGGUCUGCAAGAAGGCUGAUCAGACUCGGCUUGAACAGGAUGCUCAUCUGCCUGAUGGGUUCCUCAAGACGCUGGGCAAGGCAGCCACGGCGUGCGACAAGUUGCUGAAAGAGGGCUUGAAGCUUUCCAAGGAAAGGGGCUUGGCGGAGAAGGAGGGAGCCCUCAAGGCUGCCUACGCCGACCUGACCAAGCACCAGAGCCAGAUUGAACACGUCAAGACUUGGAAGGAACUCCCGAACUCCGAUGGCCCACUCACCAAAGGCGCCUUGGACAACUUCUUGCUUGACAUUGCCCGGGACGUUGACAAGUACAACAGGGAGAUCGAAAGCGUCAAGGGCAUCCUCAAGGCAAGGCAGCGCAUGGCCAAAGCCACCGCCAACGAACAGGCAGGCAAUUUCACCAAUGAAAGCCAGCUUGCCGCGCUCCUCCUGGAACAACUUUUUGCUUGGGGGGCUAUGUCUCCCCAACUGAUCCAAGAAAUUGCUGCCCUGGCUGUUCGAGACCUGGAAGCCUCUAUAGAAAAUGGCCAAGUCCUUGGAGACUUGCGCGUCCUUGCUGGCAUAGGCACCAACGGCGCGUACAAAAACAAGUGCCAUGCUGACCUGAUGAACAAAGUCGAGCACUUGAGCCAACUACCAGAGCCAUUUCGAGUUCGAGUUCCCUUCGCCCUGCCUUUCGGCGAGUCGCUGCAGGGAAUGCUCUUGCCACACCAGCUCUUCGCGUCUUUGUGGCGGGACUACCCAGAAACUUGGCGAUUGUCUGUUCUUCCUGAUGAGCAAACCCUGCAACGAUUUUGGAGCGCAGUGGAUUCUCAUCCACAGAUGGAGAGCCACCCCAUCCGGGACGUUGCCGAUUACAAGUCCAAGGUUGCGCCGCUCGCCGUCCAUGGAGACGGCGUGCCGGUGGUCGGUCUUGGCAAAGGGUGGUCCAAAGUUAUGACCAUGUUUUCGUGGUAUUCGUUGAUAGGGCAAGGGCAGACCAAAGAAAUCUUAUUCUGGGUCUGGAGCAUGUAUGACCGCAUGAGCAAAGGCUCCGUCUCUGAAGGAACCAGAGGCGUUUUCUUUACAGUGCUACGAUGGUCCUUCCUGUGUUUGAUGGAAGGGAAAUGGCCAAGCGCCGACUUCCAGGGGAAGAGGCAUCUCGGCCACCACAAAAAUCAUUGGGCGUGGUUUUGUUUUUUUGUUCUUAUUUAA